AUGUCCGGUUUCAAACGGCGCAGAAACGGUGCCAAAAGAUAUCUGACGUCUGUUAGGGUCGCUCAGACAUCGACGAUGGGGCUCUUCGGCCUGGCCUCUGUCGCGGAGAACCGACCCAAGGCCAGUAUGCAGGUCCGCCGCCCGCCGAUCGACCGACCACCAGGCCAGCAUACACGUUUCACCCUCCAGCGCCUACGGUCUCUCUCGCGACCACAGCCUGCCAGCCCACUUCUCUUUGCCGGUCUCACCAACGACCUCCUGCGUUCUUGGCUGCAAGAUAAAGCCAGCCUCCAAACCCAACUGCCACGAUCUUCAACAGUUCUCCUAACAACACGUUCUUCCCACUUGAGCCGUACUACACAAGUAGUCACCGAUAUCAACCUCACUAUGGCAAAUACCAACUUCCAACACGCCGCUAUGGCGACCUUGACUGUGCCUUUCCUCCGCCUUCCGAAGCGAAAGACGUCCGAAUUUGACGAAGCCGAAGACUCUGAAAGCGGACACCCGGGUCCCUCCAAUAUCCUCAGGUCUAUCGCCAAGAGGUACGUCGUCUCGAGAUCUACACCCGAUGCCUUUCAUGAGCGAUCCGACACAGGCCUAACGUGUUGCAUCGGGGAUUCGCUCGCUAGAAUGGAAUCGGCCACACGGCCGUCUGGCAAAGAGAAAGCCCGGGGAUGGUCGAAACGGCGUCGUGUUGGCUCGUCGCCCGAAGAUGAGCUUGGCGGCCCUAUCUUUUUCGAAAUACAUAAGGACAACAGCGCGAGUACGAUCGAUAUCAAAGACGCACGCCGGCAGCCGGCAUUACUCGAGUAUAUCGAGGAUGAUGAUAAGGAAAACACACAGCCUGGGGACGACGUCGUCCAGACAUCCCACCAUAUGGCGCACAGUGGCUGGGGGCGCUGCAGGACCACCAAGAAAACAUGGGCCACGACGCCGCGCAGCCCGCUCGCGAAUAUCACCCCUGCGGAUAGACAACGAGAGCGUGAUUGCGGUGUUACGGGUCGGCACACCAUUCGUCGGCGUGGCUGGCGAAGACCUCGUGCCGCCGCUGCCGCCAUAGGGCUCCGCUUGUGUGUGCCCGCUGGUACAGCACUACAUUGCCCGCGACGCAGCGCCCGCCCAUUCGCCAGUAACUUCGUCGCGGAUGGACAAAGAAAGCGUGACUGCGGUGCUACGGUGACAGGGCCGACGAAAUACCUCUCAUGA